AUGUCCCAAGCCGGCACUGGGAUCUCAGCCAACACCUUUCUGCUUCUCGUCCGCAUCUCCACACUCCUUCUGGGUCACAGGCCUAAGCUCAUUGACCUGAUCACCUGCCACUUAGCCCUUGUCCACAUAGUGAUGCUCCUCAUUGUAGUAUUUUUGGUGUCCCCAGAUCUGUUUGAGUCACUCAAUUUUCAGAACGACUUCAAGUGUAAGGUGUUUUUCUUCAUGAGCAGAGUGAUGCGAGGCCUCUCCAUCUGCACCACCUGCCUCCUGAGCAUGUUCCAGGCCAUCACCAUCAGCCCCAGCACCUCCUGGUUAGCGAGAUUUAAACAUAAAUUCACAAAUGACAUUAUUCAUAUUUUAUUUUUCUUGUGGUUCCUCAGUUUGUCUUGCAGCAGUAACCUGAUCUUCUAUACAGUGGCUUCUUCCAAUGUGACCCAGACCAAUCUACUAAGUGUCAGUAAAUACUGCUCGCUCUUCCCCAUGGUCUCUAUCAUCCAGGAAGUGUUUUUGACUCUGACAUUAUUCAGAGACGUCUCCGUUGUAGGAAUCAUGAUGCUCUCAAGCGCAUACAUGGUGAUUCUCUUGUUCGGGCAUCAGAGACGAUCCCUGCACCUUCACAGCACCAGUCUCUCCCCAAAAAGCACCCCAGUGAAAAGAGCCUCCCAGACCAUCCUGCUGCUGGUGAGUUUCUUUGUGGUCAUGUACUGGGUGGACUUUAUCAUCUCAUCUUCUUCAGUCCUGUUAUGGGCAUAUGAUGCAGUUGUCGUGGACAUCCAGAGGUUUGUGGGCAAUGUUUUUGCCACUGUCAGUCCUUUAGUGAUAAUCAGAUCUGAUAAAAGGAUAAUCGAGACUUUACAAAAUAUGUGGCAGAAGUGCCAUCGUUUUUGA